CUUGAUAUCUUCGAGUAUCGCUCGUCCACCGGACCAUGUCUCGCUUGUUCCCAAACGUAGUGUCAUCUGUUACGAGCCCACGGACCCUGGUUCUGUGUUUACCAUCAGAGCAGUUCGGAUGGUGUAAGCAGUACGCAGAGGAAGGGUAUAACGUCUUGCACUUAGUGGUUGGACCCAACGGAAAUGUUGACGAUGGAGGAGCUGCUGCCUGGAACGAUGUGGAUACCACCAGCCCCUGGGUUUUGAUUACUUAUGGCGCUACUGUUGCGACCAUCGCAGGGCUGUCGACCUUCGUACGCGACCGUAGUUACACCUUGCGAGCCUGCGUGCACUACUGUCCAUUGGUGGAGAACCCGGAAGAACUGAUGUUCAGGGUUAAUUCAAAUUCCAUCUUAGUACAUCUUGCGGAAGAACAACGCUCACUCCUUGAAGCCUUAAAGUUUCUCCUAGGGACUCGUGGAUGCAAUUCGGCGGGUUUCCCGAUCAUUGAUGUUUAUACCUACCCUUCCGUGCCAACAAGUCCCCCGUUCCCAUUUUCGAUGCAGCCUCCGUCGUUAGUCAACAAAAGCGAGGCAUCCACAGUUGACCCAUAUAUACGCUCGGCUACUGGAGUUGCGUACACGAGGACCCUGAGACUUCUGAGACGCGAACUAGGUCCGCAUUUUGAUCUUGAGAAGCUGUGGGAGAACCACACGUACUUCGAAUUUGUUGAGCGGGAUGCACCAAAGACAAUGGCUACUAUGGUUCAAACGCCCUACGUGAACCACAUACCUACUCUCACCGGUGGUGUUGGGUACGAUGAUCUGGCACGUUUUUACAAGUAUCACUUCACUACCGUCAGAGUUACACCUCCGGAUACUGAGAUGCUUACGAUUUCGCGCACGGUCGGCUCGGACAGGCUCAUCGAUGAAAUGAUCUUCAAAUGCACGCACACAACGGAGAUCGAUUGGCUCGUGCCAGGUGUACCUCCGACAGGGAGGCCGCUUGAGAUUGCGCUCGUCGGAGUAGUGGCGUUUCGUGGAGACAAGUUGACCUUCGAAUACUGGGAUCAAGGUACUUGGCUCUGCGUACUAUGUGUACUCGGUUUGCUCGACCCUAAAUUGCUUCCUGUUGCCGGUGCGGAGGCAGCGAGGAAGGCUAUGGAUCCUUUCGCCAUUCCGUCUAAUGGGUUAAUGUCACGAUGGAAAACUAGCGAGGGUUUGGACAUCAAUUAGGCGUGUACGUACACCAAUACCGCAGAAUGUGAUAGCGUCAUCAAGGGCGUCGAGAUGCAUACAUGCAUAUCAU